AUCCAAAGUUUUGUCUGUAUGUAGCAGGAAACUCCACUGGAGGAAAAGCUACAACAGAGAAUGAAGCCUAAAUCUCUUUUAGAGACGUGGGACGAAGGGCAAAAUGAGAGCAGAUAUCAGCGAUAUGUUUGCUCAAAGAAAUACGUGACUUUAGAGGAGAAUGAGAGCCAAGAGAAAACAAAAGAGGAGAAGAAGGCAAAAAAGAAAGAGAAGUACAAGAAAUAUAAAAAGAAUGUGAGGAAGGCUCUGCGUUAUAGCUGGAAGUGUCUGUUGUUGGGACUUCAGAACUUCACAGUGGGAUACUCCGUACCCAACAUGUCCGCCGCUUUCGUCCCCGAGUUCAGACCAAGCUCAGACAAGACAAGACCAAAUCAUUUAUAAGAAGUCAGCUGGCCCAAGCAGAUGAUUCAGCACUCUGUCCUGGCUGGCCUUGAGACUCAAGACUUGUUUUGGGAUCCAUUUGGAAAUUUGUAGCAAUCAGAAAAUGACAUUGGUUCAUUUUUAAAACUGUGACUUUCACAUUAUGAUAAAGAAUAAAGGCAAAAAAAGGGCAUAUUUUGCAAAAAGGAAACCCAGAGGACCUGCUUAAAGGUUUCAAUUAAUAUGUAAGGAGAUUCUCACUUGUGUUUCAUUUAGGUAUCACUUUGUCACAAACUAUAUUCCUAAAAUUGCUUAGGAGUAACAAAUAAAAUAAAUAAAUAAAUAAAAUAAGACAAAAUGCAUGUGAUUUUUCUGAGAUUAAAAGGAGCUAAAUAGAGAGAAAGGCCAUGCUUGGCCUUUUGCCAGGAUUUAAACAUGCAAUCUCUUAAUUAUAAGGCACUUUAUCAUUGCGUCACCUAGCAGCUUGUGACUAGAUACUAAAACAUUUUUCCUUCUAUUGUUCCCUGGUUAGUUCAUUGAGUCAAGUGUUGCUGAAGAGCUGAACAAGAUAAUGAUAUCUGAGUAAAUGGGGAUUGAGAUGUCUUCUCCAAAUACAAUUUUUAAAUGCGUGAUAAAAAUGUAUUCUGAACAGUAUUGGCAUACUGCAUUAAAACCUGAUCACAUAAAAACAGUAAAUAACUAAUAAAUAUUUACCAUAAGAAAAUGCUUUCAUGUUAGCAUAUAAAAAGUACACUAGUGUAGGCUACUUCUCUCCAGAGACUUAGACUAGCAUAUCAAAGUAUACACUAGCGUACGUCUUUUCAUAUGUGCUUAGACAUGACAGGUAUAUCAGUUUGCUAGACAUCCAGUAAAAUGUUACUGAAUAAUUGCUUAGUUUAUUAUUUUCUGAUUUAUCUGCCUUUUUUAUUCAACUGUCAUAUUUUAUUCUGCUUGUAUUAUCCAGUAAGUUUGAGCUGUCAAGUAACCCCAAUAUAUCUUCCAAACUCCAGGAAUAUUUACACUGUUCUGCUUGGAUUUAAUCAGGAUUUUAUUUGAUAAGAAAUGGACUGUGUCAGAGUCAGUGACGGUUUGUUGUAUGUAAGUCUAGUAUGGAGAUUUAGCAUGUCGUCAGUAAGUGUAGAACACAGUGCACAGGAUUUUGAAACAGGAAGGUUUCAGAGCAGAUCAAAACAGGAUGUUCUUGCAGAGACUAGAAACGCUGGGUCAGGUUUCAUGAAGUUUGGAGACCUUUGUCAAUAUUGCCUUGAACACACCCCUGUUGACUUCCCCUCAUUCCUCAUUGUCCUUUGUGUGAUCAGUGUCACCCUGUAAAGGAAUCUUCAAUACUUUAUUAACUAAAGUGAAGUUUGGAGCAAUUUACUUUUUCAAGCCAGAAAAAAAAAAUGGUGAAACGACUGUAUAAUAGUCUGUAUUUGUUCAUUUUAAAUUUAAAAUUAAUAUUGACGGUAUACUAUCAAACUAAUUAGUAUUAAAUCUUUAAUUAAAGAUAACUAAUUAUCUUUAAUUUUACAUCUUUAAGUCUUGAGUGCAUUUUUAAAAAUACAAUUAUUCAAAAAGCAUUGUUCUUCAUGGGCAGAACACUGGUUUAGUGUUGACAUCUCACCGCUCCAGGGUUCCUGGUUUGAUCCCAAGCUAAGUUUACUGUCUCUGUGGAGUUUCUGUACAUUUCCUUCCUGUGCCUGCGUGGGUUUCCUCUGGGUUUUCCGGUUUCCUUCCACCCUGCAAAAACAUACUGUGACCCUCCAAAACCAGUAUGUUUUUGAAUGGCGGGAGGGUUGACUGUUGAGUCUAAAUUGCCCCUAUAUGUGAAUGAGUGUAUGAAUAUGUGUGUGCUUGGUGCCCUGCGCUGGACUGACAUCCCAUCCAGGGUGUAUUCCCACCUUGUGCUCAGUAUUCCUGGAAUUGCCUCCAGAUUCACUGGCACUGUGACCAGGAUAACUUAGGCUCUUGCUGAAGAAGAAUGAAUGAAUCUUUAUUGUUGCUGGUACAGUACUAUUUGACAAGGCAAAAGUACCUUAACAUUAUUUAAAAUGUAUUUUAUUGUGUUCUUUAAGUCUCUCAUACACUCAUUUUAUAUAUUGUAGUUUUCCAUGUUGGGAGGUUGUGCUAUGGCACCAGGAAGGAUUUAAAGUGUUGCUUAUUAUGUGCUGUUGUAUGGUGUGGUGGAUUAAAAAGUAUGUUUGGAAUGAAUGGAAAAAAUAAAUGGAUUACUUAUUAUUAUUAAA